GUGACUCGUCCAAUCGCAUGAGCUUCAAUCGCAGUACUCAGCAGAGCUGACCGACAGCUGAGGCUGUUCGUUAAAACCGGGGAACGGCGGCGUCCCGUACCAUUCGUUACGGCAGAGCGUUAAAACGCAGGGAGAGGGAUAACUUGAGAAUCAAGACGACAAAUCCAACAGGAAGCGGAAUUAACGCGCAGUUUAUUUGCAGGACCAGAAGUGCGGUUGGACAUCGCAUACUCUCGCGCUCUUUAGUUCCUAUGUGUUACAAUUUGUAUCACUGUAUGUUUCAGUAAUACAGUGUUGGCAACACUCAAAGUUGCAUCAGAAGGGUGAGUUUCACUCUCCUUUUUGCGUCCCGUUCCCAAUGAACCCAGCGCACUUGGAGACGGGUGGCAAGCCGAGCAUGGGAUUACUUUUGUGAUGUGGAUUGUAAUAGCCUUGGAGGAAAAAAUUGAUUUACUUUUAAACAAUGUGAGAGGACCUGCGUCCUGGAUUCUCAUAUUUCUGGAUAUUCUGAAAAUAAUCGGCAACAGCUGAGAGACGCUGUAACCUACUUGCUGUGGAUCUCUCUCUCUCUCCCUCUCUCUCUCAGGUGUCUCGCCUGUUUGCGUGUUGUGGGACCAACAUGGGAUUCGUGUUGCCCCUAUAGCUCGGACCCCGUUUGUAGAAAGCUCUACUCAUGUCUAACUUGUUUUCUGAGACCUUUACCGAUGCGAUUGCUGAAGUCCGCCUAUCGUCGGAUAGGAUUUUAAAAAGAUUUAUUCGCUUCAUAAAUUCAAUCAUGAACUUUGCUGUCCGCGUGCUCCAGUUGUUUCUUGUGACGCUUCUGUAUUUUUCAGCUGUCAAGAGUGCCUACAUACCCAAGGAGGGAGGCAGAAGCACGAAUGACGUGGUGCCAUUCAUGGAGGUGUAUAACAAGUCUGUCUGCCGUCCACGUGAAGUGCUGGUGGAAAUUCAGCAGGAGUACCCUGAUGACAUCGAGCACAUCUUCAUCCCGUCCUGUGUGGUUCUGACCCGCUGUGCUGGGUGCUGUAGUGAUGAGAUGAUGGAGUGCACCCCCACCAUCACCUACAACAUUACUUUGGAGAUCAAAAGAGUGAAACAACUUCGUCAUCAGGGCAACUUUUUCAUGAGUUUCGCAGAACACAGUGAAUGCCAAUGUCGGGUGAAGAAAGAAGUUUCAGAAAAAAGAGAAAAAAAACCCAGGAAGGGCAAAGGCCAAAAGCGAAACAGAAAGAAAAACCGUGAAAAAAAGCGGGAUUUCAGUCAGUGUGAGCCUUGUUGCAGCACGUGUUCUGAGAGGAGAAGAAGAUUGUUUGUUCAAGAUUCAGAGACGUGUCAGUGUUCCUGUAAACACUCUGAAGCCGACUGCAGGUCUAGACAGCUUGAGCUCAACGAAAGGACCUGCAGGUGGGAUGAACCGGUGGAUGUUUCCAGUGUUCCCAUGGAGUACCACGACCUGAUAGGGGUGUUCAGAACAUAUCCAGCACAUCAGACGAGUGCUCCAACGGCUGCUAGAGAAUGGGCUUUUUGUCAAGGCCGAGAAGUGCAAGUUCCAUGCUCGAUCGGUAACCCUUCUGGGAUUCAUCGUGUCACCGGAGGGGAUUUAGGUAGACCCAGCUAAGAUUAAGGCUGUGGUAGAUUGGCCAACCCCGGAUUUUCGCAAGGCCCUGCAGAGAUUCUUGGGUUUCACCAGUUUUACCAGUGUUUUAUUCGCAAUUACAGCCAACUAGCCGCACCUCUGAUGGACCUUACCUCCACCAAGACUGAGUUUCACUGGUCCAAGGAGGCCGACCUGGCCUUCUCCAAACUCAAAGGCCCCUUUUUUUCGGCCUCCAUCCUCGUUACCCCUGACCCGUCUCGUCAGAUUUUUGUGGAGGUAGAUGCGUCAGAUGUGGGAGUAGGUGCGGUACUCUCCCAAUGGAGUCCCUCCAAUGACAAGAUGCAUCUAUGCACCUUUUUCUCCCAUCGUUUGUCCCCUGCUGAACUAAAUUGUUUGAAUCGCUGGCUAUCUAGUUAGCCUUGGAGGAGUGGCACCAUUGGUUAGAGGGGUCUGGGGUAACUUUCAUUGUCAUAAAAAUCUUGAGUACAUUGCUGUUGUUGACCACGUCUUUCGAAUUCAUGGCACCCGACAGAUGUGGUCUCCAACAGGGGUCCCCAAUUUGUUUCCAAAUUUUGGAAGGCGUUUUGUAGAUUACUGGGGGCUACUGUCAGUCUUGCCUCUGAGUUCCAUCCUCAGAGCAAUGGGCAGGCUGAGUGAGCGAAUCAGGACCUGGAGAAAACUUUACGGUGUUUGCCUUCCCACAAUCCCUCUUCUUGGGGUCAGCAACUUGCGUGGGUGGAGUAUGCACACAUCUCUUUGCCAGUUUCAUCCACAGGCCUAUCUCCGUUUCAGACUAGUUUGGGUUACCAGCCACCUCUAUUUCCAGCACUGGAACCCGAAGUUGCGGUCUCCUCUUUCCAUGCGUUCAUCCAGAGGUGCCGUCACACCUGGAAGAGAGCCAGACAGACUCUCAUGCAGGUGGGACACCUCACUAAGGCCCAAGCCGAUCGCCACCGGUCUAAGCCACCCGUCUACGUAGUUGGUCAAAAAGUGUGAUUUUCUUCUAAGGAUAUUCCUUUGCGUUCCAUCUCCAAUAAUCUCGCUCCCAAAUUUAUUGGCCCAUUCCCUGUUACCAAGAUCCUUAGCCCGGUAACAGUCCAUCUAAAAUUGCCUCCAGCGUCAUUUGGACUUCUCUUGCUGUUUUUCGCCUACUGUGUUUACCACUCAAUUAUUCAUUAAAUAUCAUUUUAACUGUUACCUGCAUCAUUAAAUAUAAUUUGAACUGUUACCUGCAUCUGGGUCCUCUAUUUAUCCUGACUGUAUGAUUUUUUUUGUUUUGUUUGUUUUUUGGUUUGUUUUUGGAAGAGUUAUUAUAACUUUCCAUGUUGGCAGCAAUAGUACUUUGUAAAAGGAAAAAAAAAAUUAAACAGUCAAAAUAGUCUCUUCAAAGCAGAGAUGAGGACACUGGCCCAGAGACAAAGCCAAAGCAGUGGGGUGUGAGGGAUCUUUUCUACCAAAAGGUUAGGCUAAUAUAUUUCAUAGAGUUCAUUAUUCGAGGACACGUGGAUAUUAAUAUUACAAGAUAAGAUCAAC